GUUCAGUUGUUCAGUUGAGUUUAGUUCAGAACUGGUCAUCAGACUGCGCGCUAGUUUCUCACAGAUUGGCUCUGAUUGGUUCAAAUUCGAAGGAUUAUUUCUCAGCUGUUCAAUCAUUUGCGCAGUUCAUCAGCUGAGUUUAGUUCGCGUCUGUGUUCUUCUCAGUGAACUUAUACAAUGGACAGUUAUUAUUUUUGUGCUGAAAGUGUUUCAAUUUCAAAAUGUAGUUUUUAAACAAGCACCUUAGUAAUGUCUUAAGCUUUAAUUUAUACGUGCCAAAUUUAAUCAAACCCGGUUAUUGGUUAUUCUUGUAAUAUUCCGCUCAUUUAGUGGGAUAACCUCAAAAUGCCUACUGUGAUAUCAAAAUAUUUGGACGGAACUACCCGUAAAUAUAAUAUUCCUAAAGAAUAUGUUACCAGAGGUAUUGUUUCGGCUGCAGUUCUGAUUUAUGGUUGCAAGUUGAGCUACCCCUAUUUGAAAAGUAUUUGUGGUGAACGGACUCCCAAAUCCAAGAAGAAGUUACUGAGCAAUGGUGCUAAUAAUGGUAAACUUGUGAAUGGUUUUGGGAAUGGUGUAUCAGAUUCUGAAGAUGAAAAAUCUACGAACAACAAUAAAGUUGCAAUCCCCAACGGUAAUGCUCUUAAAAAACACACAAAAGAUGCGAAAAGUGUUAAAAGGAAAGGAACAAAAACACCAGGUUUUAAUAUGGAGUUUGUUUAUCAACUGAUAAAACUGUUGCAGCUUAUGGUUCCUAGUGUUUUUUGUCAUGAAACAGGAAUUCUAGCAGUGCAUACUCUGGCUCUCUUUACUAGAACAUUUAUGUCGAUUUAUGUUGCAAGUAUGGAAGGCCAAAUGGUCAAGUUUAUAGUGCAGCGAGAUGUUAGAAAUUUUGCAUUUAUGUUACUGAAGUGGCUUGGAGUUGCUCUUCCGGCUACCUUUCUCAACUCAACAAUUCGAUUCUUGGAAAAUAAACUGGCUUUGUCAUUCAGGUCGCGACUGGUGGACCACGCAUACGGCCUGUAUUUCAGCGCGCAGACGUAUUACCGUGUAAGCAACCUGGACGGGCGCAUCGAGAACGCAGACCACCGGCUGACCGAGGACAUAAGCGCGUUCGCCUCAUCGGUGGCGCACCUCUACUCGCACCUCACCAAGCCACUCUUCGACUGCGCGCUCAUCGGAUUCGCGCUGGCCCGUUCCAGUCGGCAGAUGGGUGCUGCUGUUGUUCCAGGUCCCCUGCUAGCCGUGAUAGUGAUUUCGCUGACGGCGCAAAUUCUACGAGUGCUGUCGCCGAAGUUCGGUGCCCUGGUGGCCGUGGAGGCAGACCGGAAGGCCUAUCUGCGUCACAUUCACAACCGGGUCAUCACCAACGCGGAGGAAAUCGCUUUCUACGGCGGACACAAGGUGGAGCUAUCGCACUUACAGAAGGCCUACCAGGCAUUGGUAGCGCACAAGAACAAGAUAUUUGUGCAGCGACUGUGGUAUGUGGUGCUGGAACAGUUCCUCAUGAAGUACGUGUGGAGCGGCACAGGCAUGGUCAUGGUGUCACUUCCUAUUAUCAUGGCUACACGAGCUGUGAAUGGUGAGAGUGACAUAACCGGUGACAAGAUUAGUGAGAGAACGCAGUACUUCACAACUGCCAGGAAUCUACUUCUGUCAGGAGCUGAUGCUGUCGAAAGGCUCAUGUCUUCUUACAAGGCUAGUACUUAUAACUUAUCACAUCUCAAUUUUGUUUUCAUUCUCUUGAGAAUUCAUUCAAGAUUAUUAUUUUAUUUGAUUUUUCAAAGUUCGAUGAAGUCUGCAGUUGAGGAAGCAUGUGUUGAAAACAGUGAUGAUAGAAAUCUGUGUGUAGCUUUAGAUGGCUCUUGGCAAAAGCGAGGCUUCUCUUCGCUAAAUGGCAUAGUUUCUCUCACAUCAGUGGACACUGGUAAGGUUCUAGAUAUUUGUGCUUUAUCAAAAUAUUGCAAAUGCCCACAAAGGCUUGAAAAUAUUCACGAAGAUGACUGCCAAGCCAACUACCGUGGUACAAGUGGGGGGAUGGAAAUUGAUGGUGCCAUCAAACUUUUCAGCCGCUCCAUGCCCAAGUAUAAUGUAAAGUAUACCGAAUAUUUGGGUGAUGGAGAUUCCAAAGGAUAUCAGGCAGUUUGUGAGGCACAGCCUUAUGGUCAGGAUGUCUCUAUACACAAACUUGAGUGUAUUGGCCACAUCCAAAAACGUAUGGGGACACGACUUUUCAAACUGAGAAAUGAAAAGUUGAGUGACGGAAAACCUCUCAAAGGAAAAGGACGUCUGACAGAAAAAUGUUUGAAGGGCAAGACGCAAAAUCCCAACGAGUCCUUGAACAAUCUGAUUUGGACUCGUGUACCAAAACGUACUUUUGUGACCCUUCCUGUCCUUGAGUUAGGUGUAUAUGAAGCUGUUUCGUCUUUCAAUGAAGGAUAUAUUUCCAAAGUGAAAGUUAUGGAAGAAAUGGGUUUGGAGGCUGGAAGAAACAUGGUGCUGGCAAUGAAGCGGCUGGACAAAGAACGCAUAAGAAAUGGAGAAAAGGCAUCUCUGGAACUCCAAAAGAAAAUCAGGCAGACAAGAAAUUUUUAUGUAUUUUGUAUCGCUCGUUUCUGGUCAUGGGUCUUUCCAACCAAUAAGUCAAUUAUCCAAACUGUGUGUUAUAAUUUGUUUGCAGGUGUGAUAAGCGACAGCGUGGACGGCAGCAUCAGUGUGCGAGACAUGCCGAUCGUGACUCCGAACGGAGACGUGGUGGUGCCGAGCCUCACACUGAGCAUGUCACCCGGUGACCACCUGCUCAUCACAGGCCCCAACGGCUGCGGCAAGUCCUCCCUCUUCCGCGUGCUCAGUGGCCUUUGGCCCGUCUAUGCCGGCCACCUCAUCCGCCCGCCCAACUGCUCCAUGUUCUACAUUCCGCAGAGGCCAUACAUGACGCUAGGCUCACUGAGGGAGCAGGUGAUCUACCCGGACACAGUGGAGGAGUGCCGACAGAAGGGAAUCAGUGACUGCCAGCUGGAGCAGUGCCUGGAGAGGGUGUCACUCGCCCACCUGGUGGCCAGGGAGGGGGGAUGGGACGCCACCGCCGACUGGAAGGACGUCCUCUCCGGUGGCGAGAAGCAGAGGAUGGCUGUCGCCAGGCUAUUCUAUCACAAACCGGCGUUUGCAUUACUGGACGAGUGUACAAGCGCAGUGAGCAUUGACGUGGAGAGCAGUAUGUAUCAAUCCGCCAAAGACGAAGGCAUCACUCUGCUAACAAUCACUCAUCGACCCUCGCUAUGGAAAUUCCACUCCCGAGUUCUACAAUUUGAUGGGGAAGGCGGUUGGAAACUGAUGUCCCUCACCUCGCAGGAAAAAGAAACCGGUGUUUUGAGUGUGAAACCUCAACAAGUCUGAAGAAAUCCUUCAACGAGAAACUUGAAGAAUCAAGAGAAAAUGCAGACAAGAAGAGGAAGAAGGGAUAAAGAUGGAGAGAGAACUGCUACACCUAUUUCGUGAGACUAUUGUCUAUUGUCUAUAGUUCGUGAGCUGUAUUUUUCCAGUAGGCUACACAUUCUGUGGUGUUUAUUGAUUUUGGUGUUUUAUACUAUUUUUUCAUGUCCAUUUGUCAACUAUGUCUAAGACAUGUCAUUUAUCAUACUCAUAUUUAUUUUCAUCAUUCAAAAUCAUUCAUCAUACUACGUGGGUAGCUAUAAGAUUAUCUAAAAUAGAUCUUAGCUAUUGUCUAUUGAAGAUCUUGAUCUUGAACUACAGUAAUGAUAGGAAUUUAAUAGGUACUGUCCAUGAAAGUGAUAGAAUUUCGAGGGGUUUCAAUGAUUCGUAACGAAUUCAACUAUAGAAGGGUAAGUUUCUAAACUAGAAAAUGUGGUCUGAUAAUUAGAAUAUUUUCCAAUCGUCAAUCUUAGCAAUACUGUACAACAUUUUAGUAGGGUUUAUCGAAUUCAAUCUGAAAUUUCUAAAAUAGUUUUAGAUUGAUUUAAUAGAUUUAGAUUGUAGAUAGUAAUAACUUUCCUCGCGCCAAUUAUAACUAUUUAUCGGUUCCAACUAUCGUACUAGAUUAGCAUCAAGGUUUUAUCAUUGUUGAGUUUUUCUCUAACAACUUUUAGUUAUUCUCUCCCUAGGCCCAACUACUGGAAAUAUUUGGAGGAUUUGAAAGAUUUCUGUGACUCAGUCACUAAUCAGUGUUUCAUGUAAUCAAAUGCUAUUCAAAUUCAACGUUUGCUUACCAUUAUAUAAUCAAAACCUAUUUACAUGAUGGAACAUAUUUUUUCAUGUAACUAUCGAAAAAGUUCAAAUAAAAUAGUUGUAAUAUAACAUACUAUUGAUAAAUAUAUUCAUAUACCUAUAGAAUAUUUAUGAACAAACUUACAAAAUAUUACAAUGUAUUAUUUCAAAAAUAGAUGCUAACCAAUAGCUUAUCAACAUUAAACCGAAUUCGAUUGAUAAUUAUAUUGAUUACAAUAUGUAAUUGCAGAAGAACAAUAUUUUUCCUGAUGUUUUUGUUCUUCAACUUUAUGAUUAAGGAAAGCGUAGGCCUAUAUCCAAACUGUAAGCGAUUAUUUGUGAUCUAAUUAUAAAAAAGAUAUUAUUACAAACUUUAUGAAUGUUUGUCCCCGAAAUAUUAUAAAAUCUUUCUUAUUAUGGAACAUGAUAUUACAAUUUGGUUCACCAGGUUUGAGAAUUAUACUCGUAUUAUUUUUGUGGAUGCGUAUUAUCCUUUCUUUUGAGGAAUAUUCGUAAACCUUCUUGUAAAUAUUUCUUUCGAUAAUUCUCAUUCGAACCUAAAAUCUUUCAAUACCAUUUUGUUUAUAACUUUUUAUUUUUGUAUACAAUCCAAAAAUUGUAAAUUUUCACUAUUGUAAAUUUAGAACUUACUUUUUAGCUCACUAAUGUUACUUAUACUUUAAUAUUGUAAUAUGCUCAAUAAUAAAAUAUUAAUCUACAAGACUUGGGAAAGUCAAUUUGAAGUAGAAUUAUUUUAAUUUAGAAGUUACCAGUUUAAUGUAAUAGUAUAAUUUAAUUGUCAAUAUUUCAAGGGCAAGUGAAAAUAUAAUAUUAGUAAUUUCAAAAGAUUUGGCAGCAAUAAAGCUCACAAUGUAGCACGUCCAACCAUCUUCCAAACGCUGCCAACUCAUAUGAAUCACAGUAUACUUUCUUUCAUAAACUUGGAUCGACUAUUUUAUCUGCAAUUUCAAUGUUAAUUAUUGUUCAAUUACAAUUUUUAAUGCAAUUUUGAAAAUAAAUAAUCAUUACCAACCUGAUAA